UGAUGAUGAUAGGAAAAAGUGUCUGACAUAUGUUCAACUGUCAUAAUCCUUUCACAGAAAAGAGGUUGCUUUGCUUUGGAGUAAUCACUGUGGUUUACCACCUAUAGCCUUUUAGGAAUACUGAAACGAAAGGGUUAUAUUGUAUUCCAUGGCUAUGCUUUGUAAAGUGCCCCUGCAUUUAUUCUGUUGUUGUAUUUACCUCAUUUCAGUGCUGUAACAGGACUGCAAUCACCCCAAUUAUUUUCUGCAGGCUUCACAAAUUCGAUGAGUUUAGCUGACAGCGUCCCUGCCAAAAUGGAAUGCCACACCCCUUCCAAGGUCGUCGGUCAGGUCGAGGUUGGCAUGCAGUGCAGCUUGCCUCUGGCUGACAAGUCUGUCGGGUGCUGCUUCAAAGCAUGGAGCGAGUCUAGGAGCGUACAGACUACAGAGACUCUGGAGCAGUUAACCUCCACCUCAGGCUUCACAAAUGCGAUGAGCCUAGCUGAAAGAGUCCCUGCCAAAAUGGAAUGUCACACCCUUUCCAAGGUCGUCGGUCAGGUCGAGGUUGGCAUGCAGUGCAGCUUGCCUCAGGCCGACAAGUCUGUUGGGUGCUGCUUCAAAGCAUGGAGCGAGUCUAGGAGCGUGCAGACUACGAAGACUAUGGAGCAGUUAAGCUCCGCCUCAGCAUCGAGGCUUUCUUUUCCUCUGGGAACUGCCAGAUGUGACAAAUUGAAGCAGGGACGCCUCCACCAAUGUCAAUUAUGUGGCUGUGAGACUGAUGAACUGUCUCGCUUGGAAACACAUGCUAGCGUCCAUACUGGCAAGAAGCCAUUUCAGUGCCCUUCAUGCUCUCCGAGUUUGUCACAACAAGCCUACCUGAAAGAGCACCUGCCCACCCACGUAGGCGAGAAGCCAUAUCAGUGUCCUUCAUGCUCUCGGAGUUUCUCACAAGAGAGACACCUUAUGACACACUUGUUCACCCACACAGAGAAGCCAUUUCAGUGCCCUUCAUGCUCUCGGACCUUCUCAACGAGGGCCGGCCUGAACUGCCACCUGCCCACCCACACACAGGAGAAGCCAUUUCAGUGCCCUUCAUGUUCUCGGAGUUUCUCACGAGAGAGACGCUUUAUGACACACCUGAGCACCCACACAGAAAAGCCAAUUCAGUGCCCUUCAUGCUCGAAGAGCUUCUCAGAAAAGGACAAACUUAGGAGCCACCUACGCACCCACACAGGUGAAAAGCCAUUUCAGUGCCCUACAUGCUCUCGGAGCUUCUCAAAAAACUCCAACCUUGUGACCCACCUGCGCGUCCACACUGGUGAGAAGCCAUAUCAGUGCCCUUCAUGCUCGAAGAGCUUCUCAUAUAAGGUCAGCCUUAUGCAGCACCUACGCACCCACACAGGUGAGAAGCCAUUUCAAUGCCCCUCAUGCCUUCAGAGCUUCUCAGUAAAGGGCAGCAUGAAAUCCCACCUGCGCACCCACACAGGCGAGAAGCCAUAUCAGUGUACUUCAUGCUUUCAGAGUUUCACGCGAAAGAGCCGCCUGAACGAACACCUGCGCACCCACACAGGCGAGAAGCAGCCAUAUCAGUGCCCUUCAUGCUCUCAGAGCUUCUCGCAUAAGACGCGCCUGAACGAACACCUGCGUAUCCACACAGGUGAGAAGCCAUUUCAGUGCCCUACAUGCCUUCAGAGCUUCUCAGUAAAGAGCCACCUGAACGAACACCUGCGCACCCACACAGGCGAGAAGCCAUAUCAGUGCACUUCAUGCUUUCGGAGUUUCACGCGAAAGAGCUACCUGAACGCACACCUGCACACCCACACAGGAGAGAAGCCAUAUCACUGCACUUCAUGCUUUCGGAGUUUCACGCGAAAGGGACACCUGAACGAACACCUGCGCACCCACACAGGCGAGAAGCCAUAUCAGUGCACUUCAUGCUUUCGGAGUUUCACGCGAAAGGGACACCUGAACGAACACCUGCGCACCCACACAGGGGAGAAGCCAUUUCAGUGCCCUUAAUGCUCUCGGCGCUUUUCAGAAAAGGUCAGCUUAUGAAACACCUGCACACCCACACAUGCAAGCAGCCAUACCAGUGCCCCUUCAUGCUCUCGGAGCUUCUCAGAAAAAGCCAAGGUUUUGAGCCACCGGUGCCCUCACACAGGUGAGAAGCCAUAUCAGAGCCCUUUAUGCUCUGAGAGCAUCUCAGAAAAGGGCAAGCUUAUGACACACCUGUGCAUCCACACAGGUGAGAAGCCAUAUCAGUGCUCUUCAUACUCUCGGAGAUUAUCAGAAGAAAGCAACCUUAUGAGACACUUGCACAUCCACGCAGAGGAAAUGGCAUUUCAGUGCCCUUCAUGCUCUCGGAGCUUCUCAGAAAAGGCCAGCCUUAUGAAGCACCUGCACACCCGCACAGACGAGAAGCCAUUCCAGUGCCCUGCACGCCUUUAGAGCUUCUCGUUGAAGAGUGCCAUGAAGGUACACCAGUGCAUUCAUACAGGUGACCGGCCAUACAUGCUCCAAGUCUUUUGCGCGGUCUCAUCACUUGAGCAGACAUAAGAGAGCACAGCAUUAUGAUAUUGUAGGGUAGAUGAACAACCAUGUUGAACUAGAAUCCAAAUUACAAAUCUACAGACGUGUAGCAUGUUGCAUAGUGUUCUGCAUCAGGUAGCACAAAUGUCUCGUUGUGCUCUUAAAGGAGUCCUGGAACACUUUUUUCAGGUUGCCAUGCUAGCUCUAGAUCUUUUGUCAGCAUGUCAGAAAGAAUAGAGCAAAAUAAAUUGAGAAGUGUCCCACACAAAGCCGUUAUAGGUGAGAAAAAAUGUAAACACAAAGUUAAACCUUGAUAUAAUGAAGACGGUAAAAUCAGCAAUUUGCUUUGUUAUAUUGUGGCUUUUCACUAUUCGAAAAAUCAUCCACGUUCAGCCUUUUCUGAAACAAUACUGUUUGCAUGCCCCUACGAACUAAGUAUCGUCAUUGUAAUAAUUAUUACACUACAGAUAUCUGAUUGAUCUGCUUCUAAGCUCUUUGCUUGCCUUUCUUUUAUCCUAGUAUUCUCGUUUGGUACAUGUGAACUUGUUCUCCUAGGCCAAUUCGUGUGUUUGUUGCUUCUCGGUUCCGGUUUACGUGGUUCAUCUGGAGAUUCUUUUGAUCUUACUCUAUUCACGCUUGUUUGGUUUUUCUUUGCAUUUUUUUGCAACUGGGUUCUUUCUUAGAGCAAUUGAUUGUUCAGUAAGUUAGCUUUCCACUGUUUGUUUCAUCAGAGCACCAAAUAAAAUCCUUUGUUUAAUGAGUA